AUGAAUAAAGUUAAAAAUGAGAGUCAGUAUUUAAAAUUUUGUUUUUUUUCAAUUAUUAUUUGUUUUUUUGAAUAUACCCAAAACGAACUAUACUUUGUAAACGAUAGAGGGAUAUGCCUUGAAAGGGAUGUAAUAAACUUUAGAAAUAAUAGAAUAUUAGUAGAUGUAGACAAUCAAUUCGAUUUAAAUAAUUUUUAUGAAUCAACUUUGAGUCUUAUAAAUCAAUUUAAUGACGACAAUGAUGAUGACGAAGAAAUAAUAUAUCUUCGAAAUAGUAUAGAUUCACAUAUAAAGAUGCAUGAAGAAAAUAAUACAUUACCCGAUUUAAAAAAUGUAGAUAAGAAAACUGAACAGUUAAUUGAUGAACUUCGAAAAGAAUUGGAAGACGUAACAAAAGAGCUUGAUAAUAAAAGGAGUGGUGCAGUAGCAAUGCAGUUUUUACAUGAUAAAAGAAUAAUAAAAAAAGAUGAAAAUAGUUCUGUAUCAGAACAUGAAGACCUUAAACAAUUGAAAAUUUUUAAAAUAUUUUGA